UGAGCCGCAGCUCAGCCCUAAAAUUGUGUUAUGAUCGUUCUUCAUCACUAACUAAAACCUCUCUGAUGUUGAAAAUGAUUCUGAAUCAACUUUGAAAGUAAACUCCUCCGGGUUUCUCAAAUCAGUAGCUAGCAAGAACUAAACAACCUUAAAGCAAAGCAAUACCUGGAGACAGAGAAACAAAAGUAGAAAGAUGUUACGAAUCGCAUCGAAUGCCAACAAAAUUUCUAGGGUUUUAAGUACUCCAAUAUUUCUACAGUCAGAGCGAUUAAUUGUCUCUAAUGUUGAAGAAAUUCAGCAUCCACACAGCUCUUUUCUAUCGCAGAAUCAAAGAAAUUUUUCUGCUAAAGUCUCAAAUGUUUUAGGAGUUAGCAAUGGAGUAACAUCGAAUGGGCAAAACCUAGGGUAUAAUUCAUUGAAUCACAGAGCUUAUUAUACUACUGAAUCAACCACAGAAGAUGUAGCCGCAACAGAGGAAGUGAAGGAGAUAUAUGAUAAAAUGUAUAAAUCUAUUACUGAAGGAAGAACAAUGCCUCCAAAUGUUUGGACGUGGUCAUUAGUUUAUAAAUGUUCUAACCCAGAAGACAUUAAGCUUCUAUUUCAAAUGUUGGCAAGCCUUCGGAUAUUUAGGCUGUCAAACCUUCAAAUUAGUUCAAAUUUCAAUGACCAUCUUUGCUUAAAAGUUGUGGAGGCAUGUACCCGUGUAGGUGCUAUUGAUUACGGAAAGAAAACCUUAUGGGAGCAUAAUGCAUAUGGAUUGACUCCACUUAUUGGAUCUGCUCACAGACUUCUGAUGUAUGCUAAGAAGCAGAAGGAUGUUGCACUCAUGGAAGAUAUCAUGAAACUCCUCAAAGAGAAUCAUUUACCUUUGCAACCUGGUACUGCAGAUCUUUUAUUCAGCACUUGUUAUGAAACUGAUAACUGGGAGCUUUUGAUGAAAUACUCGAAAAAGUUUCUGAAAUCUGGAACGAAACUCCGUCUGACAACACUUGGCACGUGGAUGGAGUUUGCUUCCAAAAGAGGAGAUGUGGAGUAUCUAUGGAAGAUUGAAAAGAUGAGAUCAGAUGUAACCGAUAAACACAGUCUUGCAUCUGCAUUUUCGUGUGCAAAGGGUUUUCUACUUGAAAGUAAGCCUGAAAGUGCUGCAGCCAUUAUUCAUGUCCUUAAUCAGACUUUACCUGAGAAGAAGAAGAGAUCAAAGAUCACAGUUGAACUCCAAAAUCUGGUUAGCGAAUGGCCUGUAGAAGUCAUAAAGCAUCAAAAAGAAGAAGACAGGAAGGCACUGGCAACUUCGUUGAGAAAUGAUAUCCCUGCGAUGAUUACCAGCCUAUUUAACAUGGGCCUGAAUGUUACUGUAAAUCUGGAGGAUCUUAAUAAAGAAGCAAUUCCCAGCUAAUCAUUUUAGUCGCAAGAUACUGUAUGUUGAGAGCCUGCAUAGUCGUGUACUUCAAUUGCCUUCUUUCUCCUAUACGAGCUUUAUGUUGCUAUUUUCAGACAUAAAAGCUCUUCUAUUGGAGGAUGGAAAUUGUAGUGAAAAUCGUCAAAUAGCUUGGGUCUUGUUGUUUUUCUUCAAAUCUAAUCUUAUUGAUCUGUGAACAUAUUGGACCGGUGAAGAAAUUACUGUGUACGUCUACAAUUUUGAAAAUUCAAUCAUCAGAAUGUAGUUUAGUUUCAUCAGAUACUGGUUAGUUUUACUACAAUUUUAUUGUGGAAUGGAUCUAAUUUUGCUGCAGAUGUAUGUUUAUCUGUGACGAUGUUCAAUUUUAUAGACAACCAAACUGUCUAUUUUUGUUAAUUGAAUUUUAUGUUACCACUA